UGCAAUCUAGCACCUCUUUCCACCGAUCCUAUCCAUUUUCCCAAUUGCAAUCUAGUACGACUUUGAUGAGAUUUGAAAGCUCGCCGUAGAUUUGAUUCUCUUUGUAACUCAAAUUCGUGAUCCGUUGUAUAAUAUUGCAGAAAAUGAUUCCACAUUGUUUUUUCCUUUUAUGCUUGUGCAGGUACCGGUAGUUAUCUGAGUUGUAAUGUCUAGUUUAGCGCAUGAGAAAAUGAUUCCACCCGACAACAAGAGAGGGAGGCGUGAUAAUAAUGAAGAUAGGUUGAGUGACUUACCUGAUUGUGUUCUCCUUCACAUUUUGUCAUUUUUGAAUUCCAAACACGCCGUUCAAACUUGCGUUUUGUCCCCCAGAUGGAAGCAUCUUUGGAAAUGUAUUCCUACCCUUAUAUUGCAUUCCUCGGAAUUCUCCAAUGCAAAAAAAUUAGGCAUAUUUGUGACUAAGAUUUUGAAUCUUCGUGAUACCACACCUUCACUGCACACUCUCGAUUUUGAGCGUUUGGGCAGUUUUGAGCCUCAACGGACUCUCAAAGAGAUUAUAAACUAUGCUUGUUCCCAUAAUACCCAACUCAAGAAAUUAGGAAUCUGUGUUAAAGGUGAUAGUAGUAUCAUUUUUCCUCGCAUUUCUUCAUGCAUUUCUUCAUGCCAGGCUCUUACGUCUCUUAAGCUUUAUAUUUACCCUAAAGGUCUUUAUAGUAAUGGGAAAAGAACAUUAUUUCCAAAAUAUCUGAAUUUGCCAGCAUUGACUAGCUUGGAUCUAACUUAUUUCACAUUUUGUGCUAGUGACAAUGCUGAUCAUGCCGAACCCUUUUCAUCAUUUAACUGCUUAAAUAAUUUGAUCAUUUCUAGUUGUACUGUAACGGAUACCCCAAUUCUAAGAAUAUCAAGUGCAACCCUUGUCAAUUUAACAAUGUCUUACAAUUCAUCUGACUUUCCCAAAUUUGAGUUAUUCGCUCCUAGUCUUUAUACCAUUACUUUUGAAGGUGUUCCUCAUCAGAGACUGUGUGGAAGUAGUCUUUCUUCAAUUAAACAAGUAAAUAUUGAAGCAGACAUAUUUUCAAAUAGAUUUGAGGAGCUUCCUUUUGUUCUAUUCAGCUGGCAGCAGGACCUUAUUAAUAUAAAAUCAUUGACAGUCGCUGCAACGGAUCUUAAGAUUCUCUCCUUAGUUCCUGAUUUAUUCAAGGCUAAACUCCCUUCAUUGUUGUGUAACUUGAAGACACUGAAAGUAUGCAGUCGGUUGACAUGGCUCACCAAAAUACGUUUGACUUUUGAUAAAUCAUCAAACGAAGAUACAGUUGAGAAGAGCCAAGCCAACACCCGUUCCCUACCUCAAGAUAAUGGGCUUUGAAGAGUGUCAACCUUACAAGUUACAAUGCCUUCUGUGUCAACCUUUCUUUUGGAUUGUAGUUCAAAGUAUGCCUUGGGAUAUUAGAUAUCAGAUAAGUGACUGAAAAUAUCAGUUUGCCGAAUGCUGACUAUAUCGAUCAUGUUGUACGAUUUGACAUGCAUUAAGUCUGUGUUUUUUGUUUUUG